GUCAUUGUGUGUUGACCUGGUGUCUCUGUUGUUGCUGGUAGCGGAGACGGAGCAUGUGCAGAGUGUCCCGGACCCAGAUUCGACCCAGCAAAUGAGGAUGAGAGAAAGACAACGAUUCUUUGAGGAGGUCUUUCAACAUGACGUGGAUGUCUACCUUUCCUCUGCACACCUGCAGAUAGAUUAUAAGAGACCUCCCUUAGGAAGUAUUUCAUCAAUGGAGGUGAACGUUGAUAUGCUAGAACAGAUGGAGCUGGUGGACAUCUCUGAUCAGGAGGCCUUGGAUGUCUUCUUCAGUGCCAGCGGAGAGGAAGGAUCGCUGACGCCCCAUCUUCCAGCUCUUGGCCACACUGACAUAGAAGAGAAUGGACUGCUGAGAUCUCACGUGUCCUUGAGAACUGCUGACCCUUGUGAGAUCAAAUCCCGAUUGUUGUCCACUUCCUCCAACUCCACCUGUGACAGUCAAGCCUCCAACGAGGACGGAUCGAGCACUCCUAUCGUUCAAUCAGAUGAUGAAGAUGUGCAUGAAGAUGUGCCCACAGCCAGCGAUGCCACAAAAGAGCAGUCUGCCCCCUCAUUAUAAACUGCCUUCUCUUUAAUUACUGACAGUUUGGGAAGUGUAACAUGUCUAGCUUAAGACUGUUUCAUGGGUGGAUUGACCGGUUUGAGCCCAUAAAUCAAUCUACCAAAGACCUUCAUGAAUGCUUGUAUUUCACAACACUUUCAAGGCCACUAUUACUCCACACUGAGAGCGUCACACUUCCUAGCAAUUUUGUAAUAUAAUUUGCGUCUUAGCAAUAUUUGACUGUAUCUUUUGUUGUUCUGUGGAAAUAUAGGUUUAGAAAUGCCUACACACAUUUUGCAAUGCUCUUUACAAAGACUAAUGGUGCUCUGUAGGCGGACUACAUUGAAUUAAGGUGAUGAGUCUCGUGAAAACAUUUCCAAAGAAGGAAACAAAACAUAAAAUAGUAACACUUAAGAAUAAGGUUCCAUUAGUUAAGGUCGGUUUAUGUAUUAAUUAACAUGAACAAACAAUGAACGAUACAUUUGUUACUGUAUUUAUUAAUUAGUUAACUAAUUGUUAACAAGCAUAACUUUUGAUUUUAAUAAUGCAUUACUAAAUGUUGAAAUUAACAUUAACUAAGAUUAAUAAAUGCUGUAGAUGUUCACUAAAGUAGUUAACUAACAUUAACUAAUGAAACCUUAUUCUAAAGUGUUACCCAUAAAAUUAUAUUGUCGUUAAUGAAAAUCCUGCCUUUUUUUGUACAUGAUUAAAAGGAUAUUUCCCCCCCAAAUAAAAAAUUAUGAUAUAAUUUAA